AUGGGCUCCGCGGGCACGGCCGCCGCCGCCGCCGCAGCGGACGAUGACAUCGCCGAGCACCUCGACGUCGUCGUCCUCGGCGCCGGCAUCUCGGGCAUCAACUCGGCGCACGUCCUGCGCGAGCGCCUCCCGCACCGCUCCGUGACCGUCCUCGAGGCCCGCGCCGUCGUCGGCGGCACCUGGAACUUCUUCCGGUACCCGGGCUUCCGCUCCGACUCGUACAUGACCACGUUCGGCUUCCGCUGGCACCCCUGGCCGCACGCGCGCAAGAUCGCCGCCGCAGGGGACAUCGCCGCGUACGUCGAGGACGCGGCCCGCGCGGACGGCUCCCUCGACAGGAUCCGCUUCCGGCAUCGCGUCGUGGGCUGCGAGUGGCGCGACGAGGAUGCGUUUUGGCGGCUGCGUGUGCGGGUCGGCAGCGGCGAUGAUGAUGAAGGUGUGACGAAGGUGUUUGCUGCCAACUUUGUCGUCGCGUGUACGGGGUACUACUCGUAUGAGCGCGCGCUUGAAGCUCCCAUUCCCGGCAUCGAGUCCUUUGCCGGCAAGGUUGUGCACCCGCAGUGGUGGCCCGAGGACCUCGACUACGCGGACAAGAAGGUCGUCGUCGUCGGCUCCGGCGCCACGGCCUUCACCAUCAUCCCCGCCAUGGCCUCCUCUGUCGCCAGCAUCACCAUGCUCCAGCGCAGCCCCUCAUACGCCGUCGCCAUGCCCACGCGCGGGUCCCUCGUCGAUCGCCUCCUGCGCCUGCUCCUGCCCGCCGCCUGGGCGCACCGCCUCUGCUGGUGGAAGGACAUUGCCUUUGAGAUGCUCGCCACCCAGCUGCUGCUGCAUUUCCCCACGCUCGGCCGCUGGGCCCUCACUCUCCAGCUCAAGGCCAAGGUGCCGCGCGAUCUGGACGUGGGCGUGCACUUCAACCCGCGGUACGACCCGUUCCGCCAGCGGCUGUGCAUGUGUCCGGACGGCGACUUCUUCAAGACGCUGCACCGGGACAACGUCGAAGUCGUGACAGACACUAUUGACAGCGUCGUGCCGGGUGGCAUCCGCCUCGCCUCGGGCCGCGUUCUCGACGCCGAUAUCAUCAUUACCGCCACGGGGCUCUACUUUGAGAUCAUGAACGGCAUCAAGCCCCUCGUCAACGGCCAGCCCAUCGACGUCGGCAGCCGCUACACCUGGCGCGGCGGCAUGCUCGAGGGCCUGCCCAACAUGGGCUACGUCCUCGGCUACGUGGUGCAGUCGUGGACACCCGGCGCCGACGUCAUGGUCAAGCUGCUGUCCCGUGUCAUGCGCACAAUGGAGACCCGCGGCGCGAACAAGGUCGUCCCCGUCAUCGAGCGCUACAAGGGCAUGCCGCGCCGCAUUGCCGUCGACGCCAACAGCAACUACUUCGUCAAGGCCGCCGACAGGAUCCCAAAGGUCACCGGCCAGGGACCCUGGUACGGCCGCACACACUGGCUCAGGGAUGCCUGGGGCCUGUGGUUCGGCGACAUGGACGACGGCUUAGUGUACAGUGGCGGCGGCGAGGCCAAGAAGACGGCGUAA